AUGUUUUUUUUCAAUUUCAGAACCUUCAAUUACUUUUACAACCUAAUUAUGUCAAGCUCAGACGAGAGUACAAAAUCUCGGGGGGUGCGUGCUGGAGCUGUACGGUUGCGUGAUUCUAUACGUCCAGCCUUUGCUGAAGACGUUUAUGGCGGCCCUCGACGCUCAUCUUCAUCAGAACCCAGAUUGCCUAGCAGUAAUGCCCCAGCUAACACAAACGUUUCCUCGGCUGGUAGCGACCUUUGUAUUUCUGCACUAGCACAAAGACGUUCUGCGAAUUUACCAAAGUUGCGUGAGCUAUGCUCCGGUACUUCUAAUGAAUUAAAUAUUUCUUCAACUGAAUGUCCCUUGACGAGUGCGCGCGCAAAUCUGAUGGAUGAGUUGGAAUUUGUUUAUGCCGACGCAGAUUCCUAUGAGACAGAAUUGGCUGAGUUUUAUACAUAUUCAGAAAUGGAUGAAUUUGCACUAAAUUUUGAAUGUUUUGUUAAAUAUAUGCGAGAACAGAAAAAAGAACCAUUUUGGAAUAAACUUACAAGGACUGAGAAAUGUUCGGUUAUACAAGGAUUGGCUGCUAGUUUUGACAGUACUGAACCGGAGCAACGUCUUCAAGCUGCUCGGAUUAUUCUAUACAUUCUUCAAGGUUCCUAUGGAGAUUUUUCUGAAUUGGAAGGCAAAAAACAAAAGGCACAAUCACUAGCAGAUUGUUCUUAUCAUACAAAUAGUCGCAGUAAACAACGUCGGCGCCCUUCCUCAUCUCACAAUUUGGGUGAUAUUGUUGAAAAUAAAUCCUGCAACGAUGGAGAUGAUGACAGCAAAAGUAUUGAUAGUUGUGAAACAAGAAGCGGAGAAGACGAAAAUGAGACAACGAGUGAAUUAGGAUUGCCUUCAAAAUGGUUUGGACCCGACCAUGGAACGGGUGAUUAUGAAUCUGAUUGUUUGAUAAAUGCUACUUUAAAUGCAUAUCUCUUAUAUGAACAAGGAUUGUUUCAGCCGCUCUGUUCUCUUCUGCGGUUGGAAGUGUCUUUACCUUUUGAACGGUAUGCCGACCAUUCUCGUCAAUCUAGUGUUUCCAACUCACGUUCAACUUCUCAUAUGGAUUUAACGACAGGGAUACCUCCCGAAGGAGGCGGUGGAUCUGCUAGCGGAACUUUCGAACGAAGACGUUCUAGGCGUUCGGCAACUUUGGCCGAUAAUGAACGUAUUCGUGUCGUUUUGAAUUGUAUAUAUCACAUGGUUGAGUCUUUACGUCGUGAUCUGAUAGCGGAACUUUCGAAGGAGCAAAUUUUUGAUGAUAUUUGUGCCAUGUUUGAAUACCAAAAAACAAGAUAUCAAUCACCGGAGCACCAAAAACAACGAUAUCAAUCAGCGGAGCAUACUUUCUCUCAUUCUAGAGUAUCUUUGGAAAGGGGUGGCCAAUCUCGCUUGAAGACGCUGAGGACACAAUUUAUAACUGAAUUAGAGGAACCGUUAGAGCACAGCAAAAUGCCAUUAGCAAUUGUUUUGCUUGAUAUGAUGCCUACUUUUGUUCGUGCCAAGAAUCCUCAUUAUCCUAUUAAGAAGGUCAUUUUACUUUGCUGGAAAGUAUUACUGACAACACUUGGCGGGAUUGAAUUCCUUCGUGAAGAGAAGACCCGUAAACGACGAGAUGCAUUACUAGAACCUAUUGAAGAUACGCUCGAGGCAGCCAUUAAUAUGAAGCCACUGACUCAAUCAACUGGGCCUUCUAUGGGUGGAGGAACUGGAGGAGAAAGAGUUGUUGGCGAAUUAGGGUCAAAAAUUCGGCUAAUGCCUAGAGCUAGGCAAUUUAACCGUCAAGUUGCGUGCUCUUCUGCCACUGAUGGCGGUUGGGAGAAUAAGGAAAGCAUAACUGACGGAGGUUGGAAGAAUAAGAAGAAUAAGAAUAGCUUCAAAAACAAAGAGAGGGAUGAUAAUGAAAUCCUAGAAUCUAAAGAAUUAAUUUCAAAAUCUGAUGCUGAUAGAUGUGAUGAUGAGUUUGUUGAUGUGAAUGAUGCUAUGCCAGCUGAUGAUAAUAAUGAGGAAAAAGGAGGUGAAGAUGAAGAAGAAUAUGGAGAGCAAGAAAAAUUUUCUGAACAUGAAAUUAAGAAAAUGGCAGCUGUAUUAAAGAAGCCAGAAGACGCUGAUUUACUUGACGAAAUUUUGAAAGAAUUGUCUGUAGACGAAGAAGAUGUUGAGGAAGGAACUAAGAAUAAAACUAUUUCUGAAGAUGCAAUAUUUUAUCGUGAUCGUGAGCCCUUUCGUUUACUUCCAAAAGGUGCAGUCAAAGAUGACAGUGAAGCUUCUGGUUUGAAUGAUACUACAGCAAAUAAGCAACAACAAUACAAUCGUCAUCCACUUGUUGCUGUCCAAAUCAGUGAAUCUUUAAUUCGUCGGCACAAAAACGAGUGUAGUGGCGAUUCUUCUAAUGGUGGAGGGGAUCAAACACCAAAAGCAUGCCAAUCUCCUGUGAAGAUCGCCAGUCCAUGGCCCCCGCCUCCGCCGCCAGGGCUUCCCUGGCGCUCUAAGGUUCGUGAGGAGGAUGUUAAAAAUUUUCUGCAACACGCGCGCCAAAAAUAUUUCAAUUAUCAAUUACCUAAUGAUUCCACUACUUUGUUUGGUUUACCUAUGCCUGUUCAAACAAGCGUUGCCGCUCUUCGUCGGAAUUUAUACACUUCAUUGGGUGAAGUUCAGUUAAAAGCAGAGGAGCGUUACAACAAAUAUCCAUUUUCCCAAAAAGAAUUUAUUGAGGAAACACCUACCGAACGAUUAUAUUCACGUAUAUUACCUGAAAUGGCGGAAUAUGUAAUUGCAAUACUUAAAGCAAAUAAUGAUGCAGUAAUCAUUCUGUCGGAUGUACUCACGCCAGAAACUGAUACAAAUGAGGUUUUAUCUAAUUCAAUAAGUCUCGAUCUUGCUCAUUUGGGAAGUGGGAAUGUGCUUGAAGACAAUAUACGUGUGGCGAUUGAUAUAAAUAGACACAAAGAGUUAAUUAUCAAAGGAGCGUCUUCAAUAAUCAUCUUGUUACUGAAGCAUUUCCGCCUGAAUCAUGUCUAUCAGUUUGAAAAUUUUGCCCAGUAUUUGGUAAAAAAGUUUUUGAAAUUAAUUCUUCACUCCAGUAAAUUCCUUCAGAUAUUAGCAAAUUGUAUGCCUUUAGUGUUGAAAUUCCUUGAUCAAAAUAUUUGCCGUUAUUUCCAAUCCAAACAUGAUUUGGCACCCUUUAACUAUCCUCAAUGUGCACUUUAUAUUGUGAGAAACGGAAACGAACGUCCACCACUAACAGCUGAUAAUGUUGAUGGUGGGACUAAUACUGAAUCUCCUGGAUACUUUCGUUGGAGAAAUGUUUUUUCAGCAAUUAAUCUGUUGCGUGUUAUAAAUAAACUGGUUAAAGGAAAACAAGCACGUACAAUGAUGUUGGUUGUUUAUAAAUCGGCGCCUGUCCUUAAACGUUGCAUGAAAGCAAAACUUGGAAUAUUUCAACUUUAUGUACUCAAACUUCUCAAAUUACAAGCACGAUAUUUGGGCCGGCAAUGGCGCAAAACAAAUAUGGACAUUAUCUCUGCAAUUUACAUGAGGUGUAGACAUAGACUUAAUGAUGAUUGGGCAUAUGCAAAUGAGACAACUCGAACAAAAUCUUUCGAUUACCAUAAAGAAGAGAAUGAAUUGAGUAUAGCCAUAAGAAGAUUUAAUACAAGGCGAUAUCCAUAUCUUCAAUUACGUGGUGGUAUUGCUGUUGCGGACACUUCUAAUGACGCUGAACAUCCGUAUCAACAAAACAAUCAAAUUAGUGAUAUUCUUUCACACUCUUCAAGUCAAUUGGAUGAACUUGCUGGUGAAUGGGACCCUAAAGUUUGGGAGCCUAUGGACAAUUCUCUUCAAACUGCUUUGGCCUGGGAACCAGUUUUUAGUGAUCGUUUUCUCCAAAAUUAUGAGCAAUGGUUGGAGCAAGAAGUAUAUGGACACCAAACUGAUUGGGAUGGAUUAUUAUUAAAGUCACGUGGUCUUUUGGACAUUUAUUGUUGA